AUGGAGCGCCUGCUGGGGGACCUCGCGAGGGAGCCCGAGGGCGGCAAGAAGAAGCAGAGCAGGCUCAAGGGCCCACGGAGGGGCUCGAAGGCGGAGGACUUGGAGCCCGCCGCUUUCACCGCGGAGGAGGCGGGCCACCUGCGGCAGCUGGCCGCGCUCUUCCGGGUCCGGAAGAGCAGGCAGCCGGCCGCCGGCGGCCGCCCGCAGCUGCCCCCUUUCGCGGCGCUCCUCCGGAAGGCGGCGACCGGCCAGGUCGUGGCGCUGCUGAGGCUGUUGCGCAAGCUGCGCCUGGACAUGCAGGAGGGGGACACCAUGGUGGUGCCUGUUCCAUGGAAUAAUCCAAGGCAGGACGAGCCAGAGUUUGUGUUCCUCAUCCUCGAGCUGAAGGCCAGCGACUGCUGGAGGGUGGCUCUCUGCAACACUGGCAUUGGCCGCGAGUUUCACGUGAAGACGUCGAGGGUGCACCCAAAGCAGAAGUGCAAAACAGUUAUGGUGCUGGAUGACAUCCCCGCCGAGCGCAUUCACGACGAAGCGUGGUGGCUUUUCUUGUUCACGGUCCCAAUGACAAAAAAGACGCAGGACCCGUCCAAGAUCUACGAGUUCCUCCUGCCUUGGCUGGCCCAGGAGCAGCUGGAGUGCGCGCUGGCGAAGUCGCAGAAGGUGGUGGACACUGACUUCCGCACGCCUUUUGACGCCUGUUUCCACAGGCUCUACCUCGAGACUUUCCACUACCUCCUGCGCGUGCAGCACGGGUGGUCGCGCCCUCGGGCGAAGCUCUUUUCCCUGAGACUGCGCGAGGUCUUCGUCUCCUUCAUCGAGCACGACCUCCGCCACUGUGUCCGGCUCUCCCCACAGGAGUCCCAGCUCAUCUCGAUGAUUCUGCAGCAGCUGGCCCUUGCCACUGCAAAGGGCUGCCAGGAUGAGGAUGGAGCCUUGACAACGGGCCGCAAGAGAGCGGAGUACCCCCAGCGGACGCUGGAGAGGAUGCGGGCUCUUCGCGAGCUCAUGAGCGACGCCCAGCUGAGAAGGGGCGGUGGCCUCGAGCGGACGGCCCCGCCCCUCUUGGACCUCGUCGCGAACGGCGACACGCCGCACACCUCCGUGCCGCGAGCACCUCCGGCGGCCAGUGCCGAGCCCGCGCGCGGCGCCAUCCCAGCCGUCGACCACGGCGAAGGCUGCGGCGACGGCCGCUCGGCGGACGACUGGGACAUGUUCCCCUUCUUCGAGUACUUCGUCCGCCAAGACAUAUCCAACCUGGAGGGCGCGGAGACGGAUGAGCGGCAGCAGCCCGCAGUGAACUUCCUGAGCAUCCCCAGGGAGGUCAGGGAGCUGGGCUGUGUGACGCACGUGUCUGGCGAUGGCCCCGAGCGCGUGAGCGCCGUUCACGAUCAAGCAGUGCGCUCGAUCUGGCACACCGUGAAAACAUGCGAGGUGCUAUGCGCCCGCCUGGACAACAUGAGAGAUACGGGGUUCCACUACCAGAAAUGUGCCCUCGUCACCGAUGUGUUUGCCAGAGUUCUUCCAAUUCCGGUGGGGCCAGAGUCGUUAGCCAAGCGUCAGUUCCUGGACGUGUGGGGUACUGGAGUCAUGACUCUGAAGUUGCAAGUUGACCUUUGCCUGACAUUGCAGCGAAUAGCGACGAUAUAUUGUACAUCCGCAUUUUCUAUAGCUGGCGGGCGCGAGUUUGAGACAACGCGCAUCAUUACUUUAGGGGCGAUGUGUGCCAUGAUAGACGCCGUGCUCCGGCGGCCUCCAGAUGAUCUUGAGCGGUCGCUUGUUGCGCCCGCAUUGGGGGAGAAGCCAGAUCAUUUUGGCAUAUCCCACCACUGCUUCGCGAAGCAAACAGAAACGAUAGAAAUCCCAUCCCCAGACUUGUGCGUCGCCCGUGCCAACAUCAUCGCAUAUUUUGACGAAUUGCAUAUCAAGAACACAAUGUGGAGCUGGGAGGAGGGCCAAUGGUCGAUGCAGGCUCCAGAUCAGGUUGGUGAAGAGUUCGCCAAGAGGAUACAGAAGCACCUGUACAGGACCACCCAAGGGUCGGCGAUGCUUGACUCCUACACUGUCGAAUAUUGCCCUGAAUAUGGCGCGUGGCGAGAUAUAACGCUUCUGUGGAAGUACAUGAUGGUUACCGAGAAUAGGAACUUCCCGAAGCUGAAGAACUAUCAGUAUCCAGGAUGGACGUCUCCAGUGGGAAUUCGACCCGCAGAAUCAGUGUUACACCGUGGCUGCCUUUGGCAAACAGAUUCUCCCCAUCCGACCUUGCGACCCUACGAGGAGGUACCCAAGCAAGUCUCAGCCGUCGGUGCUUGCGGGAGCGCGCGUGUGGACGGAAGACGACAUAUUGCAUGUCCCCAGUCUCCCUGA